UGCGCGGCGUCUCCGCUGCCGCUGGCCGUGCAGAUGCGGCCCAGAUGUGGCCCAGAUGUGCAGCGGAGCGCGGCCGGGCGGCAGAGGGAGCUGGUGCUCCGCCUGUGCGGCCGGCCGGCGGAGCAAGGGCCCGGCCCGCGGGCUCUUACCGGGGCUCUGUGACAGCGCACACGGGGAUCUCUGCCGCCUCUCCCGACCCCCGGCCAGCGGGAGGUGCCCGGCAGCGAGCCUGGGCCAGCCCCGGCCGGCACUGUGCUUACACAGAGCACCAGCUCGCCCCGGUCUCUGCCACUCCCGGCUGUGUGCUCUGACUCCUUGUGCGAUUCCUGUCUCUUACUGGUUCCAUUUCCCUGCCGUAACAACACGAACUACACGUUCGGUUCUCUGCCCAUCGUGGUUUCCUGCUCAGAUGUAACUGGGCUGCCAUCCCACCGUGCUUACUGAGACCUGUGAGGAUGAGCAACGUGGGAAGGAGGGAAAGUUAAAGGAAAAAGAAAUGCAGCUUGUUUUUUCCUAGUGAAUCAGUAGAAAGAGUCUUUCAUCAGUGUGGGAUGUGUGUUUAUAAAACUGUGCUUGCACAGGAAACCCCUAGAACUUUUCUUAAUGCCCUCAGCAAACGUGGUCGGAUUUAGCUACAGGGAUUUACUAAGAGCUGUUACACAAAUAAAUAACGAAGUACAAAAUUAGCAGCAGAUCAACAAGCUGUGCUAAAGUCAGCAAUGAGGAGGGAAGAAGUCUUCACAGUCCCCGAGCCUGGCCUGUGGCUACAGGAGCAAAAUUCAGCUGCUCAGGAGAUUGCUUUGCAGAAGGACAAAAUACAUGUUUUUCCUGUUUUCUUUGGCAGGAGUGGAAAGGCAGAUGAUGCUGUGUCUGGAGUUUCAGGAGUAUUUCUCCUAUAAAUUUUGUCCACUGGUGCUUGGCAGUGUGCUCACUUCAGAGGUAAUCGUCCAUGACGUGAAUGAGCUGACAGAAAAGCUGUUUCCCAUCGUUGAGGCCAUGCAGAAACACUUCAGUGCUGGAUCGGGGACCUACUACAGCGACUCCAUCUUCUUCCUGUCAGUUGCAAUGCAUCGCAUCAUGCCCAAAGAAAUAACACGGAUCAUCCAGGUAGACUUGGACCUGAAGUACAAGACCAACAUCCGAGACCUGUUUGAUGAGUUUGACAACUUCCCAGAGGGAGCAGUCAUUGGGAUUGCCAGGGAAAUGCAACCAGUGUACAGGCACACCUUCUGGCAGUAUCGCCGUGAGAACCCCCAAACCAAAGUGGGGGAGCCCCCUCCUGAUGGGCUGCCAGGCUUCAACAGUGGUGUCCUGCUCCUGAACCUGGAAGCCAUGAGGCAAUCCAAGCUCUACAACCAGCUGCUGGAGCCCACCAUGGUGCAGAAGCUGACAGAGAAGUACCACUUCAAGGGCCACCUUGGGGACCAGGAUUUCUUCACUAUGGUGGGGAUGGAGCAUCCAGAGCUUUUCCAUGUGCUUGACUGCACGUGGAACCGGCAGCUCUGCACGUGGUGGAGGGACCAUGGGUACAGCGAUGUGUUUGACCAGUACUUCCAGUGUGAGGGGGAGGUCAGAAUUUACCAUGGGAACUGCAACACCCCCAUUCCUGAAGACUGAGGCACGCACUGCCCCCAGGAGCAGCUCUGACUGCAGCAAGGCCUGAAAGCCAUAGUGGCUGCACUAACAGUCCCUCAGGAAGGGUGACCAGCUCUGAUCCAGCAUAAUCCAGGGGAAUCUAGGGAUCCCAAGAGCAUUCAGUAUCCUACUGCCUGUAGCCUCACCCUCCAAGAGGAAGGGCAGUUCAGCUGUUGGAACAGGACCUCCACAGCCACUGUAUCCAGGGCUCAGCUCCUGGCUCUGCUUAGCCAAGUCCAUGGUGCCCAUCUGUGCCUCAGCUGCUGGGGCAUGGGAACAGCCAUGGGGCCAUCAGAGACCACUGCUUUUGCACCAGGCAGGUCCAGCUCCCUGGGUGCUGUACAGCUUUGCCUUGUCUGAUGGUCGGCAGAGUCCCCAGGGGGCAGUUGGGUUUCAUUUGUCAUUCCUUGGUGGCCCAUUUCUGCACCUCAUGCAGAGAAUUGGUCUGGUCCCUCCGGAGAGCAGACACUGUCCUCAGGUCAUCUUCCUUCUGAAGCAUUCCAGAAAGGUGAGAGGGCUUUAAAGACUGAAAAGCUGCUUUAAAUUGGGUUACUUACAAACAAAACUUGAGUGCUAGAUAAGCUUCAAAGCCUUCUGUUGAUUCUUCUGAGCAAUAAAAGCUUUACUGCCCUAUGUUGUCCUAGGAGUGUUCAGUGAGUGUGUAGCAAUAGGUUCAUUUUUCUAGCUUUGUUUUUAACCUUUCAUACAAGAAUAAAGCUGCAGAUAUCAGA